AGUUCAGAGAGAGGAGAGGGAGAAGGAGAGAGGGGCAGAGGAGAAGCGAGAGAGGGAGAGCAAGCAAGACAGGAAGAAGCGCCCUAGAGUCUCUGAAACCAGAAAGAGAUAACCGAUUAGGAAUUUUUCGGGCAGCUGUCACCCGGGAGAGCAGCCAGAGAAUCACCAUCACCCCAACUCUGACGUUGCCUACAAGAAGUUAGAGACUUAAGCAGUACUGACAUCGGAGGGAAAUGGUAUGCUUGAUGCUGUGGAAAAUACCCCCGAGCUGAAGAAGUGCAACUGGAUGUUGUGUGUGCUAAAUACCAGAAGAGCCCAGACCCCGUGGGUAAUAGAGACGAAAUGUGGAGAGAAUAACGACAAAUCUGUGAAUUUGUUCUCUGGAGUUGCUAAUUUGCCAGCCCGAAGCAACACAUUUCACAAGGAGAAAACGUUUUGCUGCUCCUGAUUUCUCCCCAAACUGGUGCUACCAGAUGCAUGGCUUUCUAUGUAUUGGAACAAAUCGUUCCUAACUGCAGCAUACCGGGAAAGGGGAAAGGUUGAGGCAACUAACUGGCUGUCUCCAAAUAAGCGGUGAGAUGUAAUGCAUCCUCCAGUCCAUGCACGCUUCCUCUUGCAAUCCGUGCAUCAUUCCUCAGUGGAAACCUUUAAACCCUAAAAUUCAGGAAAAGAAAAUAAAUACAUUAUCAUGGACCUGAGGGAUUUUUACCUGUUGGCUGCUCUGAUUGCCUGUUUAAGGCUGGAUUCCGCAAUAGCUCAAGAACUUAUUUACACUAUUAGAGAGGAAUUGCCUGAAAAUGUGCCCAUAGGAAACAUACCAAAGGAUCUGAACAUUUCUCACAUCAAUGCUGCCACAGGGACCAGUGCCAGCCUUGUCUACAGACUGGUUUCUAAAGCUGGGGAUGCCCCUUUGGUGAAAGUGUCCAGUAGCACUGGGGAAAUUUUCACAACCUCCAAUAGAAUAGACAGAGAAAAACUCUGUGCUGGAGCCUCUUAUGCUGAGGAGAAUGAGUGUUUCUUUGAACUUGAGGUGGUGAUCCUCCCCAAUGAUUUUUUCAGGCUGAUCAAAAUAAAAAUAAUUGUUAAGGAUACCAAUGAUAAUGCCCCCAUGUUUCCAUCUCCUGUCAUCAAUAUUUCCAUUCCAGAAAACACUUUGAUCAACAGCCGCUUUCCAAUCCCAUCAGCAACAGAUCCGGACACAGGCUUCAAUGGUGUACAGCACUAUGAAUUGUUAAAUGGGCAGAGUGUUUUUGGACUGGAUAUUGUGGAAACUCCGGAGGGAGAAAAGUGGCCGCAAUUGAUUGUUCAGCAAAACUUGGACAGAGAACAGAAAGAUACCUAUGUGAUGAAAAUCAAAGUAGAGGAUGGAGGCACUCCCCAGAAAUCCAGCACUGCCAUACUGCAGGUCACAGUAAGUGAUGUAAAUGACAACAGGCCAGUGUUUAAGGAGGGUCAAGUGGAGGUCCACAUUCCAGAGAAUGCUCCUGUCGGCACCUCUGUAAUUCAGCUCCAUGCCACGGAUGCAGAUAUAGGCAGUAAUGCUGAAAUCCGGUACAUUUUUGGUGCCCAGGUCGCCCCUGCUACCAAAAGACUCUUUGCUUUAAAUAAUACUACUGGGCUGAUUACGGUUCAGAGGUCCCUAGAUCGAGAGGAGACAGCCAUUCACAAAGUGACAGUGCUGGCUAGUGAUGGCAGCUCCACUCCUGCUCGAGCAACUGUUACCAUCAAUGUUACUGAUGUCAAUGAUAACCCUCCUAACAUAGACCUGAGGUACAUUAUAAGUCCCAUCAAUGGCACAGUGUAUUUAUCUGAGAAGGACCCUGUCAAUACCAAGAUUGCCCUAAUUACAGUUUCAGAUAAGGACACAGAUGUGAAUGGCAAAGUGAUCUGUUUUAUUGAAAGAGAGGUCCCAUUUCAUUUGAAGGCGGUAUACGACAACCAAUAUUUGUUAGAGACCUCCUCUUUGUUGGACUAUGAGGGCACCAAAGAAUUCAGCUUUAAAAUUGUUGCCUCUGAUUCUGGGAAGCCCAGUUUAAAUCAGACUGCCCUGGUAAGGGUUAAGCUUGAGGACGAAAAUGACAACCCACCAAUUUUCAACCAGCCUGUAAUUGAGCUGUCAGUUUCUGAAAACAACCGACGAGGGUUAUACUUAACAACUAUUAGUGCUACAGAUGAAGACAGUGGGAAAAAUGCAGACAUUGUUUAUCAGCUUGGACCGAAUGCCUCCUUCUUUGAUCUGGACCGAAAGACAGGAGUUUUGACAGCCUCCAGAGUCUUUGACAGAGAGGAACAAGAGCGGUUCAUUUUUACAGUGACUGCCAGGGACAAUGGGACCCCUCCCCUCCAAAGCCAAGCAGCGGUGAUAGUUACUGUUCUGGAUGAGAAUGACAAUAGCCCCAAGUUUACUCAUAAUCAUUUUCAAUUUUUUGUGUCUGAGAAUCUGCCAAAAUAUAGUACUGUGGGGGUAAUCACAGUGACAGAUGCAGAUGCUGGCGAGAAUAAAGCUGUGACUCUUUCCAUCCUAAAUGAUAAUGAUAAUUUUGUGUUGGAUCCCUACUCUGGAGUCAUAAAGUCAAAUGUCUCAUUUGAUAGAGAGCAACAGAGUUCCUACACUUUUGAUGUCAAAGCCACCGAUGGAGGACAACCACCACGGUCCUCGACUGCAAAAGUAACCAUCAAUGUCAUGGAUGUCAAUGACAACAGCCCAGUUGUCAUUUCUCCACCUUCUAACACUUCUUUUAAGUUGGUGCCCCUCUCAGCCAUUCCUGGCUCCGUGGUAGCAGAAGUUUUUGCCGUGGAUAUUGACACCGGGAUGAACGCCGAACUGAAGUACACAAUUGUGAGUGGGAACAACAAAGGCUUGUUUCGGAUUGACCCAGUCACCGGUAACAUUACCCUGGAAGAAAAACCGGCACCUACCGAUGUGGGCUUGCACCGUUUGGUGGUCAACAUAAGUGACCUGGGCUACCCUAAGUCUUUGCACACUCUUGUGCUGGUUUUUCUUUAUGUUAAUGACACUGCUGGAAAUGCCACCUACAUCUACGACUUGAUUCGCAGGACUAUGGAGACACCAUUGGACAGGAACAUAGGGGAUAGCAGCCAGCCCUAUCAGAAUGAGGACUAUCUCACCAUCAUGAUCGCCAUUGUCGCAGGUGCCAUGGUGGUCAUAGUCGUGAUCUUCGUCACCGUGCUGGUGCGCUGUCGCCACGCAUCCAGGUUCAAAGCAGCUCAGAGGAGCAAGCAAGGGGCUGAAUGGAUGUCCCCAAACCAGGAGAACAAACAAAAUAAGAAAAAGAAAAGGAAGAAAAGGAAGUCUCCCAAGAGCUCUCUUUUAAACUUUGUGACAAUUGAAGAGUCCAAACCCGAUGAUGCAGUUCACGAACCUAUCAAUGGGACCAUAAGCCUGCCGGCUGAGCUGGAGGAGCAAAGUAUAGGAAGAUUUGACUGGGGCCCGGCACCGCCAACCACCUUCAAGCCUAACAGCCCUGACCUGGCCAAGCACUACAAAUCUGCUUCUCCGCAGCCUGCUUUUCAUCUUAAACCAGACACUCCAGUUUCUGUGAAAAAGCAUCACGUGAUUCAGGAACUCCCUUUGGACAACACCUUUGUCGGGGGUUGUGACACCCUUUCCAAACGCUCGUCCACUAGUUCAGAUCACUUCAGUGCCUCAGAGUGCAGUUCCCAAGGAGGCUUCAAGACAAAGGGCCCCUUACACACCAGACAGUGUAACUCACACAGCAAAAGUGACAAUAUUCCUGUCACUCCUCAGAAAUGUCCCAGCUCUGCGGGCUUCCACACUCAGGAGCAUGAAGAAAGCCAUUAUGAGUCGCAGCGCCGCGUUACGUUUCACCUCCCUGACGGCUCCCAGGAAAGCUGCAGUGACAGUGGUCUGGGGGACCACGAGCCGGUGGGUAGUGGAACCCUGAUCUCACACCCUCUUCCUCUGGUUCAGCCACAGGACGAAUUCUACGACCAGGCCUCUCCGGACAAGAGGACCGAAGCAGAUGGCAACUCUGACCCCAACUCGGAUGGGCCCCUGGGCCCCCGCGGAUUAGCUGAAGCGACAGAGAUGUGCACUCAGGAGUGCUUGGUGUUGGGUCACUCCGAUAAUUGCUGGAUGCCUCCUGGCUUGGGUCCGUAUCAACACCCCAAGUCUCCUCUCUCUACUUUUGCACCCCAGAAAGAAUGGGUCAAGAAGGACAAGCUUGUGAAUGGGCACACCCUUACCAGAGCCUGGAAAGAAGAUGGCAACAGGAACCAGUUCAAUGACCGUAAGCAGUAUGGCCCCAAUGAAGGCCAUUUCAACAACGGCAGCCACAUGACAGACAUUCCUCUGGCCAAUCUGAAGUCAUAUAAACAAGCAGGUGGUGCUGUUGAGAGUCCUAAGGAGCACCAACUCUAAAAAAGAACAAAAACAAACAAGGCUGUAUGGGACCUAAUAACUUUACUCGAAAUAGACAUGCUAAUACUGUGUGUGUCAGAGCUUUAUGUAUUCAGUAGAUCUCCACCACUACGCCCCUUGUAGCAGGGAUAUUCAUAACUUUGUGUUAGCACCAUGGAGGAUACAAUGUUUCACCACAUAAGAGAGAAGAUAGUUCUACUAGCCAUGUGACCUUGUUUACUAGAAUUGAUUAAACUCUCCAGAGAUCUCUCUCCAUUGUGCAAAUAUUCCUUUUUUUUUUUUUUU